GCCGAGAGUCAACAUGUGGGGCCACAUUCGUGAAGACACAAACUUCUGCGCUCACCUCUCACGACGCUCGCUGACACUUUGAUGCAAAGGACGAGCACUCGUUAAUAUAUUCUUUUUUUUUUUUUUACCUUCUAUUUCUCUUGGAUUAUAAUUUUUUUAAACGUUUUCUUUCAACCGGAGUGAUGGAUAUUUACAUUUUUCUCUCCGUGUUAUCUGUGAUGCACUCCUGGAUUUUAAGCACAGCGCUGUCAGCUCCUGUUGAAGCGUCGCCCACCGCCUCCCAAGGGCGCCAUGUGCGCAAAAAGCGCUGCUCCUGCUCUACUUUCUUGGACAAGGAGUGCGUCUAUUUCUGCCACUUGGACAUCAUAUGGGUCAACACGCCUGAGCGCGUGGUGACUUAUGGCCUGGGAAAUGCCCCCAGGAAAAGGCGCUCGGUCCAGGUCGCCAUGGCAACCGAGAGUAGUCUCCCACGUUGCCAGUGCCUCCAUCGGGGAGACCUCACCUGCACCAACUUCUGUCAGAAGCUGGACAACAACGACCUCAGGGACGAGACGACAGCAAACACGAAGAGUCACUCUGCUGAGGGCCCCGAGCUGGCGACUGACAUGAGCCACAAUAAGAGGAUGACCAAUCGGAGAAGGGUGACGCCUCAAUGGCUCUGAUGCGAGACCAAAACGCAGCUGCUUUUUCAAAAGUGGACACGGCGCCACAGGGUGAGAACGCGACAGUCCGGGAGGACGACCACCUAAAGACGGCGUGUUACCUUCAAGCCAGGGGAGGAGGUGGAAAAGUGCGCAGUACCUCAGGGACGCAAUGUGGAAGACCACCUCAGCGUUGGCGACGUGAGCACCUGCAUCUUGAUUUGCAUCCCAGCUCGGAGAAAACAGACAAGGAGAUGAGAUCCCAAGAGAUAAGAUGAUUACCAGAACACUUUUUUUUUUUUUUUUUUUUUUUCCCCCACAAUCAAACUACUUCAUCAUCAAAUACGUGCACUCCAAAUAGAACAUUAAGUAGCAUUUCAAGACACUCACUGUCAUCUAUGGAUUAUUAUAAUUCCCAAAAAGCUGGAUAGUCGCUGUGCAGUACUGUCGCUCGAUCGUGGGAAUUAUAAUGUCAUGGUUCUCUCAAAAUAGGUAUUUUGUUGCUCAAUGUGUUAGGUCUUGUAUCGUCAUAUUUAUUUGUAUAUCUAUAU